AUGUCGUAUCACCUGACAUGUUAUCGAAGUUUCACGGACAUCACUAAACUGGAAAGGGCCCAGAAAAUAGCGGCAAGUGAACCUCCGAAAGCUGCAGUACUAGUACGGGUGAGCUUGGCGAUCCAGCAGAAAAAUUGCAGCGAACAACUAGACAAUCGUUUGGUCUUAAUUAUGGUAAUGAAGCAACUCCGAGGUCGUCGAAUGUUCUUCCAAAAUGCUGUUUGAUUUGUAAAGAAUCUGGACCUAUAUAUGUCACUAAUACGGUAGGAAUCAGUUGAGAAAUUAUUAGUUAAGAUAUUAUGCUUACAGUAUAUUAAUAGUAAAGAAGAUAUUAUGAUAUUGUGCUUAACGAAUCAAAAGAACUUCAUAAAAGUAUUAAAAAGACUACAAACACCUAGAUUUACGCACUGUCGUUUUUAUUUUUUAGGCUUCGAAGAAGCGCGUAAAGCAAGAUCUCUCUCUCGCACAAACGGUAAUUGCUGGGCUGCUACAAAUGGCUGCCGAAAUGAGAAAUGAUGAAAGUGUUCACGUACAUAUUAGAGGAAAAGAUUGUGUUGCAGUAGAAGCAAGAUAUCAUACGAAAUGCUACCAAAUGUACACAAAAGUUUUGUCGAACAUAAAGAAUACGAAACUGCCAGUUACGAAACCCACGGUUUAUGACAGAGCGUUUGAUUUAUUCUGUUUAAACUUUAUGGAGGGAAGAAUAAUCAACAAUAAAGCAAUAUUGCUUCUGAGUUAUCUUCUCAAGAAAUUCAUUGGCAUUGUUAAUGAAAUUGACGGUAGUGAUCUUCCAUACCAAAGCGGGCGCCUAAAGAAGAGGAUCCAAUCACGGUACCCACAAGUAGUCUUUCAUGCGUCUAAAACAAUGGUGAAAGGAACACUGGUGUACUCUGGCGACAUUGUUCCUGGGGAAAUAGCAGAUAUGUUGGAAGUGGAUCGAAGUGAUAGCGAUGAGGAAGACGAUGACGAUGAAGCGGAAAACAACGUAGGGGAAAGUUUAAACCGAAAUGCAUGUGAUAGUGCUCCACAUCAAUUAUUUCACGUAGCAAUGGAAAUUAGAAAGAUGUUGAAGGAAAGCAAAGGCUCAGAUGGAUGGCGCCCUGAUUCAAGUGAUCUGACCAUACAACGUGCAACGGAAUCGAUCCCAAUUAAACUGUUCAACUUCAUCGCUUGGACACUUGGGUAUUCAAACGAACCCGUAAUGGAUAAAAGAGUGGUGAUGUCUCGCAGUCAAAUGUGCAAGGUCGUUUCAACAUGUCAAGGUCUCGUAUAUGCUGAAGCAAAAGGGAAGAAACAGACGCAAAAAUCGCUGGCUCUCGGUAUGACUGUGCGCCAAAUUUCUGGAUCAACGAAGCUCAUCAACAUUUUACAUGGACUUGGCCACACGGUUUCAUCGUCUACUGUGUGCAAACACGACUCGGCACUGGCUUCGAUUAGUAAUGCAUCUGAUGAUGUGAUUAUCCCAAGGAAUAUCAAUGUUGGGCAUUUUACCACGAUUGUAUGGGAUAGUGAAUUUAAUGAGGAAACUCUUACUGGUAAAGGUAUCACGCAUAUUGCAAAUGAAAUCGUGAAUCAAAGAGGAGAGCCUGCUCUUAACAGCAAGGUGAUCGUGAGUAAGAAGAUACGUACUGUGAAGGCUCCUGAUCAUGAUAUUCGACCAUACAUCAGCACAAAGAAAGGCGUACCAUCACUAUGUCAGAUAACGCUGAAUUUGAUCUAG